CCUAAAUCACGUGCGUUAAUCGGCCAAAAAAAAUAGUUUUGUGAUUUAGGCCAAGGGAGGGGGGGGGGCCAAGAGGACGCGCGUCAUGCCAAAAUGAAACGUAAUCAUUGUGAAAAUAAUUGCAUUUUUUUACGCCCGUGCAAAAAGCCAUUUGUCAAUUUGGAGCUUAGCUCUCUUGCAAGCUCCUUUUUCUCACCUUUUUAUUUCUUGUUGUUUCAAAUCCACUUUCAGCAAAAAAAAAAAACCAAUUUCAAUUAAACUAAACACACAAUGUUCCGCAAUCAGUACGAUAAUGACUCGUCGACGUGGAGUCCUCAGGGCCGCAUUUUCCAGGUGGAGUAUGCGUCGGAAGCCGUCAAGCAGGGCUCGGCUGUUGUCGGGCUAAGGUCGAAGGACCAUGUUGUCAUUGUGGCAGCUAAGCGGUCUCCCAAUGAGCUGGCGUCAUAUCAGAAGAAGCUCAUUUGCAUUGAUGACCACAUGGGCAUAGCUUUGGCGGGACUGACAUCCGAUGCGCGUGUUCUCAGCAACCAUCUUCGCACGGAGGCUAUGCGGUCCAAGAUGGUGUACAACCGGCCGUUGGCCAUCGGUCGUGCUGUGCAUUUAAUCGGCGACAAAGCGCAAACCAACACGCAAGACUAUGGACGGCGGCCAUACGGCGUUGGACUCCUUGUAAUCGGCCACGAUGAUACCGGACCUCACCUGUAUGAGUUUAAUCCUUCGGGUAUUGUUUCUGAGUACUUUGCCUAUAGCAUUGGGUCGAGGUCGCAGUCAGCAAGGACUAUUUUGGAGAGAAAUUUUGAGAGCUUCCAGGAUAUGUCCUUGAAGGAACUGGUGGUCCAGGGGUUGAAGGCCCUUAGGGAUACGUUGCAGCAGGGGAAGUUGCUGGAUACUAUGAAUACGUCGAUCGGGUUUGUUGGAAAGGAUACAAAGAUGACUAUUUUGGAUGGUGAGGAUACUCGCGCGUAUUUGGACUUGAUGGAGGAAGGAGAGGCAAUGGAAACUGAGUAAAGACGAAGUAUAUUGGGUUUUUUCUUGUGCAUGGAGCUUUGAGUGGAUCUGUAAUUAUCUCAGGCCUUCUCUCUUCUCCUCUCUUCUUUUAUUAUUUCUUAUUCUUUAUGUUAAGUGUUCCACAGGUCCAAAUACAUUUUCAAAGUAGUUUCUUUUUUUUUUUUAAAAAAAAAAACAUUUGGCUUGGAAAAA